CUGCAGGCAUACUAACAAGCACAGGGCCUGCCUGUGAUCUUCAGAACUCGAUCUUGUUGAACUUUUUGGAGAAGCGCCCACGGCUGUAAAAGUUAUAAAAACGGACUUUGGCACGCCGCGCAACUUUGGAAAGAACAAAACAGUUGUCCCUGUUCCGAUUCGUUGAUUUUUAGAGGCGCUCUUUUGCCCAGUGAGCUGGAAGUGUAACGAGUGCCGGCAGUUUUCUUUGGAGGUAUGCGCUUUUUAUAGCCUGGACAGUUUUGCGGUUCUUUUCUUCGUGCAACGUAAAUCCACACUGACUUACUUUUUUUGUUCGCUUGAUUGUGACAAAAAUAAAAGAAAAAAAAAACUGUUCACCGGCGAGUACUCUUCAUCCCCGUCCAAGAAAUGGCUUUUAAUGCAGACGCGAAGCUGAGACUCCGUGGAGCGGGCAACAACCCCAGAGCCACUUGCGCGGCGUGCGCGCUGCUGUACCGCGAGCCUAAACUGCUGCCCUGCCUGCACACCUUCUGCGCCGAAUGCAUCAGCCGCCUGGAGACCUUCAGCGGGCAGGGAUCCAAGGGCUCGUGCGUCACCCUACUGUGCCCGGUGUGCGAUACUGAAGUGUCUCUGCCGCCCACAGGAGUGGACGGCUUGACCACUGACCAGCUGGCUGCUAACGAGGUGUUACUGGAGAGCCUGCUGCGGGAGGAGUGCGAGUUGGUGUGCGAUCUGUGCGGGGAGGAGGGCGCUGAGAGGCGCUGCCAAGUUUGCGGGGUCAACCUCUGCAGCUUUUGCUGCCAGGCACACAGGCGUCAGAAGAAGACUGCUUCCCAUCGAACAGUGCGUCUGCAAGACCUUAAGGGUACUAGCAAAAUUGUAAAACCAGUCCUGUGCAUGGUACACCCUGCCGAAGAGGUGAGACUGUUUUGUGAAACAUGUGACCAGCCUGUCUGUAGAGACUGUAUGGUUGUAGGCCAUCGUGAUCAUUCCUGUGAAUAUGCAGCUGACAUCAUACACAAGCAUGGAGACUAUGUCAGAGAGCUUGUCAAGUGUGUUCAACCACAUAUCAACAUGUUGGAGGGAGCACUUGGUGACAUUGAGCGCAUGCACAGCACAAUUGAGGCGAGGGCUAAUGCACUCUCCAUUGAUAUCCAGUCAUUUACAGAUGGCUACAUAAAAUCAAUAGAAAAGCAUCGCAAUGACCUCCUGAAGCACUUGCAUGAUCUCCAAUUCCAAAAGAGCAACCAACUUAAUCUACAGAGAAUUCAACUCGAGCAGAUUCUUUCAGAUGUUAGGACAGGAGUGGAUUUUACAGAACGCCUACUUGCAAAUGGCUCUGAUUUGGAAAUUCUCAUGAUCAAAAGUGUACCAAUUAGUCGGCUUCAGAGGCUACUUGAAGUCAAGUAUAACCCCAUUCCAGUGGUGGAUGACACUAUAAGGUUUCUUCCUCAGGAAAGAGCAGAGGACAGAGAUGGCUACCGAAUGUAUGGAGUGAUUCAGUCCAAGGAAGUAGAUCCUUUUAAAUGUGUCAUCCGUGGAGAAGGUUUUCAGAUGGGACGGCAAGAUCAUCUCACUGAGUUCACACUGAUCUGCAUCGAUUCAUCUGGGGAACAAAUGGAAAGAGGAGGAGAGAAUGUCAGAGUUGGCGUAGUUCACAAGGAGAAAAAAGAGAGUCACAUAAAGCCUUCCAUCUUGGACAAUAAUGAUGGUUCAUACUGCAUUACCCUCACACCACAGGAAGUGGGUACCUAUACAGUGUCAGUGUGUGUUAAAGGCCAGCAUGUACAGGGAUCUCCAUUUAACUUGGUUGUAAGAAGUAAAAUUCGCAGACACAAAGGUGUGUUCCAUUGCUGCACUUUCUGUUCCAGUGGGGGUCAAAAAGAUGCACGUUGUGGAUGUGGUGGGACAAUGCCAGGUGGCUACCAAGGCUGUGGUCAUGGGCAUAAGGGCCACCCAGGAAAGAAACAUUGGUCCUGUUGUGGAAGUCUCAUUGAAGGAUCAGAGUGCACCUGGGGCAUUCCUGGAUCGGAGUGUGACCGUAACCACCUGCGAACUGUGGCCCUCUAAACACCUCACACGUAGCCUACUUAAACUAUUGUGGCUUGAGGAACAAGUUCUGAGUAAUAAUAACUUUGAGAAUCAGUGGUGUAUAUGAGACCAACUCCUUAAUCUGUAUUUAACUAUAAGUUAAACAAAAAAGCUUAAAUGAAAUAUAAUUCAAGCAUUGACUGACGCACAUGUAAACAGUAUUUAUAUUUUAAAACAGUAGUCAGUCCAAUUUUUAGUGGAGUUAUUGUUUCUAAAGUCUGUUAAAUUUACAUUAUUAUUGUAUUUUAUAUUUAUUAAAUUAACUGAACUUGUAUAGUAAUUAUAAAUGUGGGAGUACAUUUAAUUUUAUGUCUUUUACUUUGGAGUGCUUUUUGAUGGUAAAUGGCAAUUUUAACAUCUGUUUCUACAUCACAAUUUUGAGCCAAGAUACCAUUGUAAAUCUUCACCUUCUUGUCUCACAGCUGGAAAACUGAAUAAAGCAAACACGGGUGAGAGAAAUAAGACUUUUAAAAAAGGGCUGCAUAUCUUUUGUCUUUACAUUAUAUGUUUUCUCUUAGGAAUUGUUAUGAAUCACUUUUGAAUUUGAUUGUUCCUUAUGUUCUGCAUUCUAUACUUUAUACAUGUUCAGGACCUAUGAACAUCAGGCUGUCAGAUGUUCAUGUGUGAAGUGUGGUAACAAUUCU